AUGUUGCAAGCCAAGUUUCGCGCCGCCAACAUGGCCGCCGCAGGAGCAUUCACGGUCCCAAAUCGUCCAGCCGCAGCCCAAUCUGUUCCUCGAACCAUGCCCAUAUUCCCCCAUGUCAACAUGGCUUUCAAUGGCGGUCAGUAUGCUGGAAACCACCACAUGGCGGCCCUGAGCCAUCUGGUCCAGCCAGCUGUUCUUCCUGGAAUGGUCAAAUGGCAGCAAACCCAUGGUGUCUCUGCGCCCAUGAUGCCGUACAUGGCACCUCCACCGAAUUUGAAAGGACUCCCCGUCAAGAAUGGCCAGAAGCCAGUCAACAAGACUGAAGCAAAUGGCCCUAAGGCUUCCUCCUCGCCCAUCACGCCACCCACUCCCACGCCCAUUGGAAAGAAGGCUCGUGAAGCCAUCCCAAAGAAGCCCGCUGGAGUGAGCAAGGCUGGUCGGUAUGACAAUAACAAGUCAGCAAAUUCCAAAAAGCUCCCCGCUACCCCAAAGGCUGCAGCUUCCUCGGCUGCAGCUGCCACACCGCCAAAAAACCCCAACGGCCCAGCAGCUGUUUGGAAGCGCCCAGCAAAGGGCUCUAAGACGCCUGCAGCCGCGAUGCUCCUAUCUACCACGGGCUGCGAGGAUUGGCAGCUUGACAUGGCUCGCGAUCUGAGUCUUCAGGACAUCGCCGGCCCGUUUGAAAUCGGCGACGCUAUCUACAUGAUCCGAUCCAAGAGUCGCGAGGCGGGCAGAAUUGCCAACCGACGAUGCGACCGAAAGGGCCGGUUCGCCUGGAUCCGCAACUCUGACGGCGCCCGCCUCGAGGAGAGGCCCCAGCAGCUGAGCGGUGAGCCCGUGGGUAGCGCCGACGGCUCUUUUAAGGGAUUCAAGGCCUCCGAGACUACUCUCGUCACCCCGCGCGCCUAG